CAUGUUUGUUGCUGUUUGUUGUGGUGUCAGCCGAUGUAGCCCCAUGUCGCUGAUAUGCCACGAGUCCGUGCGGAACGGGGACCACUUCCAGCGCUGGGCCGAGAAGAGGCUUCGUGGCUCGGUGCAGGAGGUGAGCAAGUCAUUUGAGCUCCGACACUCGGAUGCGUUGGGAGUCCACGCAGUCGCUCGAAGCGCCAUCAGCGCGGGUGACCUCAUCAUCGCAGAGGAUGCCCUGCUGCGCAUUCUGCCGCUCAAAGACGCGGCCAGGCGGCUGUUGGAGCGCUUCGGAGAUCUGGAGGGCUUCCUGCAGCCUGCGCUGGGAGUGGACUGGGGGUCCACUGACAAGGAAGUGAGGGAAGCCGCCCUCGAGCUCUUCUACGCACACCCGAUCACGGAGAGGCGCAGCCAGGAGAGCGCGCACAUCACGGCCUGCGAGGAGUUGCUGCAGAUGUGGCCCCCGCUGCGGGCGACCGGUUGGAGCCCAGCGCAGCUGCUGCGCUUCCUGCACAUUGUGGACCUCAACAUCCACAAAGACGAGCGGCCGAGCCACGCAGAGUUCACCGGGAUCUUCGUGCUGGGAUCCAAGUUCUCGCACAGCUGCGAGCCCAAUGCAUCGUGGUCUUUUGACCAAAGGGGCCGUUUGCAGUACGGGGCCAUCCGCCCUAUCGCCGCGGGGGAGGUAUUGACCUUCUCCUACGUGGGCAACGGCAUGAACCUGAUCACCAGCACUUUGGUGCGGCGCCAGCGCCUAGCCACGCUGUGCUUCAUCUGCCGCUGCGAGCGAUGCAAAGGCCCGGACCUGGCCCGGCCGUUGCCGUGCCCGCGCUGCCGUGGUGAGUGCCUGCCCUGCUACCCAGACCAGGACGAGAGCGGCUUCGGGAUCCACGGCAGCCGCUGCGACGCCAUCGAGGACGCCGUGCUCUGGCGGUGUACUGGCUGCGAGGCGCAAGUGCCCGCGUCCGAGCUGCCGCUGCAGGCGGAGGCGGAGCUGGCGGAGCUGGUGCCGCAAGUCAUGCAGGCGCCUCCCGACAGCGCCAGCGAGGACGCCGAAAAGCUCAGCAAGCUGCGGGUCAAAGCAGCCAAAGCGCUGGGCCCUGGCCACUGGGCGUGCUUCCUGGCGACCUUUGCAUGGUUGCAGAAGUGCCUGGUAUGUUUGCGGAACGAACCCGUCAUCACAUUCAGCGAGGCUGAGCUCCAUGCGGCGAGCGUGGAAGUGGCGCGGUGGUUGGAGGUGGUCACCCCCAAGAACGUGGAGCAGCGGCUCUGCGCCCUCUUCAUGGCGGCCCGGCUGGCCCGGCAGCUCGGCGGGGGAGUGCGAUCUUGGGGCUAUGACCCGGAAUGUCCCCUUGGGGAGGAGCUGCAGGCAGCGACCCGGACGGAGCUACGUGGCUGGGAGCUGAAGGAGGACUGCGUGGUGGGCCCGGAGGUGCCACAGGCCAACUUCAAGCGGCUCAAGUCCUUGCCCAGCGGGCCGCCGUUCCUGAGCCGCUGGGUCUAGCGGCCGCGUUGCGCGGCGCCGCGUUGCGCGGGGGCGGCUGGGUCUGUUGAACCCCAAGUGAAGCAAACA